AAGCUGCUCGGAGAUAAAAGCACAUGACAUCUCAGGGCCAAACCGGUCAUGCCGCACUUUCUGAAGGACUUCAUCUUCAUAUGCUUUCUGCUUAUUUGGACGGUCAGGUCGGGGUGCAUCCUGCACAUGGAUAUCCUUGAUGACAGGGGCUUGGCUGUUGGAUCAAAGCCACGUUCAAGAGCUUUGGAAGCAAUGGAUUCGACGGUUUUAGGCUUUAAACCAGCGAUGGCUUCAAUGGUUGCGUUAUCGAGCUUCAGAAUAAGCCGUUAAGACAAGUGCUUACGCACGUGUGGCAAUAUCAGGUAGGAAGCUGGAAAAAUGGUAAGAAGGAGAG